AUGCUGAUUCCUCUCGGAGAAACAGCGACAGUUGACAUCAUUCUUCAGAAACUUGAUGACUUUUACGGAAACGUCUACACUGCAGAAAACAUUAUGCAGAGUUUCUACAGUGAUUACCAAAGAGAAGGUGAGAGUAUUGUUACUUUUGGGUCAAGAUUAGAACAAACAGUUUCUAGAGCAAUUAGAUUUGGACACAUUGAUGAGGUUGCAAAAGAUGCAAUGUUACGAUCAAAGUUUUGGUCAGGAUUAAGAAAUCAUGAGUUAAGAAAUGCAACACGAAACAAAUAUGAAACUGUGAAAGAUUUUCAUUCUCUUUUAAGAGAAAUUAGACAGAUUGAACAUGAAGAGAAAAACUUGAAAAUAGAAACCACAAAGCCUGUUCAGAGCAAUACUGUGUGUACUGAAAUUGAAGAUCAUGUGUCAAACUUUGAUUUGAAAGAGCAACUUACUGAAUUACUUAGUCAGAUGAAAAAACUUGAUGCACGAAUGAGUAGGUUGGAACAAGAUCAUGAGAAUUUAUCUAAUGCUAAUAGAGAUUCUUUUCAGACACAAACUCAGAAUUCCUUUAGUGGAAAUAGGGGCAAUUCCUAUGGCUACAGGAAAAGUGACCAGCGUUUUCGAGGAAGAGGAAGUUUCCGACAACAGUCUGGUAAUAACAGAGGUUAUGGUAACAACCAAAGAGGUAAACCUUUAAACUAG